CUUACCUUCUCAUUUUUUCUGAGCCAUGUGACCCCAAUGCGCCCUUGGCCGGCAGAUAUGCCUGGUGAGCUGGUUGCUCAUGGCAGCUCUAGAAAAGAGCGGCUCUUUCAGCCAGAUCCUAGCAGUGGAGAUGAGGCCUGUUUGCCGGACAAAGUGCCGCAUUCAAGUCGAAAAAAGAGGUGGCGCGUGAAAAAGGUCAAGUCAGCUUCGGAGCCAGCUUCGACAUUGAAGGUUUCUGAGUACACGGUGUCGCACCAGACAAACAACUGUGAGGCUACUGCACUUGCUAUCUUCAGGAAAAGCGGCUUCGUAGUCGUGGAGGAUGUGUUGAAUGAUGUGCAGUGCCGAGAAGUUCUGGAAGUGUGCAACGCAGUGGCGAAGGAGAUGGUGGGACCACACCGUGCCGGCAAUCGGGGGCAUGGUCGGUACUCAUUUGGAUGGGCAUCUAGCACUGGGUCGAUUCUGCAUGAGAGGGCCAUCGCCAGCAACUUGUUGAGUCAUGCUGGCAUGAUAUUGCAUCCGCUCCUGUGCAGUAUUUUCUGCUGCGAUGAAGGCAAGCCUCAAUUCUCAUGCUACAGUGGUGGUGGAGAUUUUGUGCUGCCUGGAGUGGAGGAGUAUCAGCCCUUGCACAGCGACAUCCAGGUGAACAAAAGCUUCAGCAUGAAGAUGCCUCCACCGUACCUCUCUGUGAACUUCUGCGUGCAGGCACUCACGGCUGAGAAUGGCCCUAUCCGCAUGAUUCCAGGCAAAACAGACCAUGAUUGGACGGGCAGAAAAGAGCCAGCGGAGUGGCGGAAUUCGCGACUCUUUCCCGUCCCAGCGGGAGCUGCCUUGGUUCGUGAUGUGCGAACGUUGCAUGGUGGCACUCCAAAUGUGUCCGAGCGGACGCGGUAUUUGCCGAGCAUUGAGUACGUCUCCACCGGGUUCAAAGAAGCUCGGCGCAAGGACAUGUUUCCGGCGGUGCGAUCGAUACCCCGAGAAAUCUUCAACGCUCUGCCAAAAAAGAUGCGUCGACUUUGCCGCGAUAUAGUUGCAGAAGAACCUGAGCCAGGAAACGAACUGGAAAAUGUGGAUCCGUGGAAAAGCCCAUGCUGGCACGGGGUCAAGUACAGGCGAAUGUGAGAUUUGUGUGCGCGAGCUUCGCGAAAGCGAAGAGGCAAAAUGCAGUCGAUUGAG